AUGCAAAGGAUGCAGCAGAUUUAUGGAGGCCCUGAAGCCAUCAUGUCCAUGGAUGAUUGUUCGCAUCUGAAAGAUGCGCCUGGAAGGUAUAUGCAGGUGUUCAACGUAGAUCCGAUUCCCACUCCUUGUCCUUUCGAAGACGCUCAUGUCAAUCCAGCUAUAAAAGAUUAUUAUCGUCAUUAUAAUAUCCGCGACUUUGAGUACAGCAGAGUGGAAGAACGGAAGGAUACCAAGUGGACGUCUGUUAAAGACACGGAGCUCAUGCGAACAUGGAUUGUUAAGAGAACUGUUGUAACCUAUGAGCGUUUGCCCGGUAUACUAAGAUCCACGCAGAUAAUCUCCACUUCCCCUCCAAUUUAUGUGAAUCCUCUACGUCGCUCUGUAGAUCAAAUGCAAAGGAAAAAUGCUGAACUCAUGGAAACUGCGUUAUUAGUGUUGCUAGAUCGACUGCAUGCGGUGAAAAAGUUGUCUGGUGAGAUAUUGGGUGUUGUACGACCAGCGGUUAUGGGAGGCGUCAGCAACUACGAGGUCUUUUUCUCUGAUGAAUGCGCCAGGAUAUACGAUUCUGAGGAGAAGCAACUGGCUAUGCAGCUGAGUGCUUUAAUAAUAGAACAGGUAGAAUUUCUGAACUUUUAG